GAUUCGAGGGGGAUGAGUCCGACGUGGCUAAGUUUGGGAGGCGGAGCUGGGGCGGGAGAGUGCAGAGCGGAGGCGCACUGGAUGGCAGGGGCAAUCUGGAGCUCCCGGGUGUCAGACGGGAUUAUCCAGCCAGGCUGAUUCCACAGAGUCACGAUGGGGGAAAGGUUGCUCCGCCGUGGAAUUCUCUCUUUCCUGUUGCUCGGUGCCGUCUGUCAGGCCCAGGAUCUUCCAUUGAGCCAGGCAACCCAUGGGACGAGCUCCCUGUGUGAAAAAGAUGCUGAGUCCUGGGGAGCUGUAUUCAGUGAAGAACGCCUAGAUGCCUGGAUCUGUUCUCUGAUUGGUUCUCUUAUGGUGGGAUUGAGUGGGGUCCUUCCUCUACUCUUCGUUCCUCUCGAGACAGGAGCAGCACUGAAAUCAGAAGAGGGAUCCCAUCGAAUGAAACAGCUGUUGAGUUUUGCUGUCGGUGGGCUUCUGGGAAAUGUGUUUCUCCACUUGCUUCCGGAAGCCUGGACCUACACUUGUAGUGCUGCUGCAGGAGAAGGGCAGAGCUUCCAACAGCAGAAGCUUCUGGGGCUCUGGGUGAUCAUUGGCCUACUGACCUUCCUGAGUUUGCAGAAGAUGUUCCCAUAUAGUGAAAAACAAGGAAGCGCCAACUUGAUCAAUAAUUGCAAACCGGUUACCGAAAGGACCGUGAAUGGCAGCUUCUGUAGGCAAGAGGCAAAUGCUCCAGUCCAAAGAAAGAAGUCGAGCACUGCUCAUUGUAAUGGGUCUUCUCAUUUACUCUCAUCAUCAGCUCAGAAAAUCAAGAUGAGUGGAUAUCUCAAUCUCUUGGCCAAUACAAUAGAUAAUUUCACACAUGGCUUGGCAGUGGCAGCCAGCUUCCUGGUCAGCAGAAAGGUUGGGCUCCUUACAACCCUGGCAAUUCUUCUACAUGAGAUACCCCACGAGGUGGGGGAUUUUGUCAUUCUCCUCCGGGCUGGAUUUGAUCGCUGGAGUGCAGCCAAGCUACAACUUUCUACAGCUCUUGGGGGCAUCCUGGGCGCUUGCUUUGCCAUCUGUACUCAGUCACCCAAAGGGACAGGGGAAACCAUCGCUUGGAUUCUCCCUUUCACCUCUGGAGGAUUCCUGUACAUUGCGUUGGUCAACGUGGUGCCCGAUCUCUUGGAAGAGAAGAAUCUGUGGAACUCGGUGCAACAAGUCUUCUGCCUCUGCGCCGGCAUCGUUGUCAUGGUGCUUUUUUCCUUCACUACCAAAUGAGGGGCUCCGGCUUCUUUUUCUGCUGUUUCACAAAGCUGCCUCCCUCUGAAGUGUCACAAAGGAGUCAAGGGACACCAAGGGAUCUUUCUUCCUCAUGCGCCUGUGGAUCUGACUGCUGCUCAGGGUGGUGAACAAAGGAAGUGUCUUUCUUCUUCUUCUUCUUCUUCUUCUUCUUCUUCUUCUUCUUCUUCUUCUUCUUCUUCUUCUUCUUCUUCUUCUUCUUCUUCUUCUUCUUCUUCUUCUUCUUCUUCUUCUUCUUCUUCCUCUUCUUCCUCUUCCUCUUCUUCCUCUUCUUCUUCCUCCUCCUCCUCCUCCUCCUCUUCUUCUUCUUCUUCUUCUUCUUCCUCCUCCUCCUCCUCCUCCUCCUUCUUCUUCAAAGGCACAAAGCUAGACAUCCAAAAUUUUGAGAAAAGAUGGGGGAUUUUUUUAGAAGUGUUUGAGUGUCUUUUUUAAAUAUAAAAAAAUAAUAAUCAAAACAAAAAAGCAGCAAUGAAAGGGAAGGACCUCUUUCGGUGGAACUGAUGCUGGCGCCUGUCAGACCAUUCUGUGUGCUGGAUCGCUUGGACAAAACUCCAGAAUGAAACAGAAAGCAAGACUGCAGCCCUGUAAUGCAUGCAGGCAAAACAAAAAAAAAA